AUGGUUGUCUCAUUCGCACCGAACACGGUUCGGUUGCGGUUGGACAUUUUAGCCAAAGCAGUGUGGCCUAUUCCUGCCAAAGCAGUGUGCCCUAUUCCAGGCGGCGGCGAGUGGUUCUUCUUCACGUCCCGUGACCUCAAGUACCCAUCAGGGUGUCAAUCCAACCGAUCCACAACCGCUGGGUACUGGAAGGCCACUGGGAAGGGCAAGCCAGUGCACGUGCGGUUCCCCGGCAGCAGCGGUAUUAACGACGGAAAAAGGGUGCAGACAGUCAUAGCGGUUUUGAAAAGAACUCAUGUCUUCUACAUGGGCCGAGCGCCAGGAGGGGACAAGACAGACUGGUUCAUGCAUGAGUACCGGCUGGCAGAUGAUUCGCCUGUAGCUGGACCGGCUGCUACAGCCGCGGCACACGCUAUAGCUGCAGAAAGCGAAUCGAACCCAGCAGCUACAGCUGCUACUACCCCCAAAGGGACCUCGGCUGGUGCAGAUGCAGCAGGUGGUACUGCUGUAGGCCGAGCCAGCAGCAGAAAAAGUGAAGCGAUAAACCCAGACACCAGCGGUGCGGCGGAUGGAAGUGGAGAUCUAAGAGGUGGGUCAGGCAGGAAUAGCAUCACGAGCAGUCCUAAAGCCAGCAGUCCAAAGUCCGAACCUGGGAGCGGUCGAAGAAUCGGCAGGACGUGGGUGGUUGUGAGAGUGCUCAAGCGAAGCUCCCUGACAGAGGAGGAGCAAGAACUGGUGGUGGCAAAGCAGGCUGUGGUAGCACAGGUGAUGGUGAAAGACCGGAAUGAGAUGGUGGAACAGCAGACGAUGGUGAUGCAGCAGCAGUGUGGGGCUCCUUCACCCAAAGGAAAACCAGAGAGGGAUGAAGAGGCACCAGUGGUAGGGCACCACGCGGGUUUAUCAGUGCAUGGCGUGCACUGUAGCGGUGAUUCACCCUCACUAAAUUCUCCGCAGAGUAACUCCCCAUCUACCCUCGCGAGCAGCCUGUCCCCUAACUCCUCUUGGUGCGCAAUGCCUGUGGAUGUGCCGAGCAGCGUUGUGGCAAACCGAGAAGCAGCUGUAGGUGCAAUGACGCCUGUAGGUCCAGAGGAGGAAGACGCAUCAAUAGUGGCAAAGGUGGCAAAAACAGGAGCAGCAGAGAAAGAAGCACUCGAAGCAGCUCCAGUGAAGCACUAUCUGUUUGAAUUGAAGCCGCCUGGAAGCGGCAGGAUUGAUGGUGGUGUGGACGGUGGGAAUGGAAUGGGAGAGCAGCAACAAACGGAAGAAGAGCAGCAGACGCGAAAGGAGCAGAAGAAGCAGAAAAUGGCGGAAAAACUAGACUGGAGGGUAGAACUGGACUGUAGACAAGAGGACGGGCAGAAGGAGCAGGAGAAGGGUGACUGA